CUUAAAGAGAGCAAGAACUGCUAUGUGAAGUCUUCGAGUGGAAGUACUUUAGGCGUUUGGCAUAUUCCGCCAGUCACUCAGUACGAUACUCCAGAGGUCAAAUCAGGGUCAUUACAAGACGCUGAGAAAAUCAUCAUUUAUUGCCAUGGCAACUCGUUUCAUCGUGGUUUCAAGCAUCAAAGAGAUUUAUAUUCAGAGCUGCAGAAAUCAGAGCUCCGAAAACAGAGAGUCGCAUGCUGCUGAUCGCACUUACAUCAGCACGAGGGCGCUAUCGCUCAUGUACGACCAGAAAGAUGGCACUCGACUCCCUGACUGUCUGAUACUUGAAGCUCCGUUCACGAAUACAUAUGAUGCCGCAGACUGCUUCCCACUAUCUAAGUAUUUCUAUCGGCUCUAUCCCUUCAUGAGGUCUCAGGUUCACAAGAAUAUCAAACAAUAUGACAUUGAGCUCAGGACUGAGAAGUAUCUGCCGACAAUAAAGGCUCCUGUUAUGAUUUUACAUGCUAAAGAUGAUCAGAGAAUAGACAUUCAUCUAGGUGAGACUUUGUACAAGAAGACAACCUCUGACCCCAUGACGAAAUCUCCUUACAUUCGCUUCAUUCGAAUGCACGAGGAUUACGGAGUGAAGCACUAUACUGCUAAGUAUCCUGUGAUAAGGCAGUUAGUGCGUGAUUUCAUACUUGAAGUAGCAAAGAUCAAAGGUGAUCAGGAACAUGGAAGUAAAAAUAGAUUUGAAUUGAUCGAUAUUUAAUUUUCAUUUUUGGUAUUUAAUUAGGCUAUAUAUAUUUAUAUAGGUUAUUCUAUAUAUUUGUAAAUGAAAUGUUUUUUAUUUGUAGUUUUGAGCCUCUGGCUCAGUAACCAAAUCUAUUAUCUGUAACUGGCCCACUCAGAAAAAUAAUUGCCCACGCCUGGCUUAGAAUUUCAUUCUAUAUUGGUUCAUCUCAAAGUAAGUUAAUUAUUCGUAGACUUUUUUCCUGUGAAUCAAACAUUAAAGGACGGAACUAUAUUACUGUAUCGCCCAGCAUUGAUAACAAUCAUCUCAUUCCAAAUUUCACCCUGUGUUUUUAGAAAUUUUGUAGGCUUUAUUUCUAUAAUUAAGAGUAUUUCAACAUAACUUAUUAAUUGAUUGUAGUUUAUAUUUUCAUCAUUACUGUGCAACUUUGCUUACAAAUGAGUCUCCUUCACUUCUGAGUGAGUGCCCGUAACUUUGCUCAGAGAUGAGUCUCCUUUACUUCUGAGUGAG